CGGAUGUGUCGUACCAUGAUUUAGUGGUUUUACACCUUGAUUAGAAGUUUUUAGGAAAUUUUACUUCUUUGAUAGUCAUUACAGGUAACCUUCUGAUGUACAAGAAUCAAGUUAUGGAAUAUUAAUUCACGAUUUAAAUGCAUUGCAGGGCACAGUUACAUGAGUGGGGACUACUUUGGACGAUAACAACUGUAGCUGGUGGUGCUGUUUGGUUUUUAGAUGAAUCCAGUUACAGAAAUCUUUGGUGCAUUGGUAGCAGUGUCAUGGCAACCAUAUUUCCAUAUAAUAUACUCAGUAUGAUGCCAGAUGCCAACAGAUUACUCAAUAAUACUGUCAUCAAAAAACUAGGUGUUAGUUGGGUACGUACUAAGCUAGAUGCCUACGACAAACAACAUAUGUAUAGGACUUUUGUUGGAUUGUUUGUGCUCGGACUGUGGUUGUAUGUCAUGACCAAACCAUAACUACGUGGCUUUCGUCCCAAGUAAUUGAUGAACCAGAAGCAAUACGAAGGGAGAAAAACACAUAUAACAGUAACCAGUAUAUAGACUGUUUUAUAACAUACUUUCACUUAUGAUAUAAAUUGUUUCAGUUGGUAUAGUUUUGUUUAUAUUCGAUGUAAGUGUAACAUGUAACUUUCAUAAAGCAAAUACAAAUAAAAAUGUAACUUGAAUAUAAAAAGCAUGAAAGCAACUACUGUAUGAUGCUCGGUAAUAUGCCGGUACUUGUGCUAUUUAGGAACCAGUUAAAUAGUUAAAUGAUUACAAUCACUAGGUCUAUGUGCCUAUUCAACAAAGGACACUCCAACAUUGUGAAUAGUAAAAUAUUAUAAUUCAUUUUUUUAAGUGUUUGCUCAAAACUCAAAAGAGGUUAGAAAAAUCUUCCGUGAUUUAAGGGCAAUUCCUUCUAUGAAGAGUGACAUCUAUUACAUUAAAUUCAUAUCGGCAAAAUUUGACUAGUUUGUACAACUUGCCUUACUGGUCAUUUUUGUCUGUUAUAAUUUUUAUCAUAUAAAACAGAACGCAAAACAUUGGUACAGAAUUCCAGUGGAAGUCGUAAUAUUACUCCCUUCGUCUCGGUCUUCCUUUAUUAAAUCAUCGCAUUGUAUUCAUGGUUGAUUUGUUAUCGACCUAAAUAUGCAUGAAAUAUGUGUUACUGAACUAAAGGAAACAAAUCAAUAAUUCGUUCUCACUAGGCGUCGUUACUUCGAUACUUAAUUCGUUCUCACUAGGCGUUGUUAAUUCGAUACUUAAUUCGUUCUCACUAGGCGUUGUUACUUCGAUCGGUUCUAAUGAAAGUCCAAUAUGACUCCA